AUGUCAGGAGGUCUUCUCUCUUUGGUGGCUCAGGGCGCUCAGGAUGCUUAUCUCACGGGGAGCCCCCAGAUCACCUUCUUUAGGAUCGUCUAUCGCAGGUACACCAACUUUGCGCUUGAGGCCAUCGAGCAGACUUUCAAUGGCGCCGCAGAUUUCGGACGCCGUGUUACAGCCACGAUCAGCAGGAACGGAGACCUGGUCACGAACAUGUACCUGCAGGUGACUCUCCCGGCGCUGACUUCCAACACAACGCAUACGGAGCUGGGGUACAUCAAUGCGGUGGGGCAUGCCCUGAUGCGGAAUGUGGAGGUUGAAAUUGGUGGGCAGAAGAUUGACAAGAUCCCGUCCGAGUACAUGGAGAUCUACCACCAGCUGUCGAUGCCCGAGGAGAAGAGGAGGGGUUACGGUGAGAUGAUUGGGGCCCCAAGCCUCAGUGACACUGUUCCCUCGUCCAACCGCACGGUAGCGGACACUGCUCUCUUAAACCAAAACACCCAGAGGACGCUUUAUAUCCCACUCAUCUUCUGGUUCAACAGGGUUCCCGGCAACGCGCUACCGUUGAUUGCCCUUCAAUAUCACGAAAUCAAGGUCAAUAUUGAGUUCCGCCCUCUGAACGAGCUCUACAAGUCGAACGUGGCGGUCACUUUCAACCCUAUUCCGUCCAUUGUGAGCGCGUCUCUGUACGUUGACUAUGUUUAUCUAGAUACGGACGAAAGAAGAAAAUACGCAUCCAGUUCGCACGAAUUUCUGAUAGAGCAGCUCCAAUUUACCGGUUCGGACACUUGGAGUGGCGGUUCGGGCACCAGCAAGAUCCGAAUGUCCUUCAACCACCCCGUUAAGGAGCUCAUCUGGACCGUCACGCCCAGCGACAGUGCGACCGCUGACCCCGUCAACGGCAAUCUGUGGUUUGACUGCGGCGAGCAGAACGGUGGCACGGACCUCAUGACCACCGCCAAGAUCCUGCUCAACGGCCACGACCGCUUCCAGGAGCGGGCCGCGCCCUACUUCCGGCUGGUGCAGCCCUACCAGCACCACACCAGGAUCCCCAACCGCUUCAUCUACGUCUACAGCUUCGCCCUCAAACCAGAAGAGCACCAACCUUCGGGUACUUGCAAUUUCAGCAGGAUCGACAACGCUGCGCUCCAUCUGGGGCUCAAUACGGAGGACCCCGCCAAGAUCUCUGUAUAUGCAGUGAACUACAACAUUUCACGUAUCACGUCCGUGUCCUUUUCGUGA